ACGACUGCCUUCCGACGCGGGCAGACGAAGAAUAUGGUUUUAUAAAAAGAGAACAUCGAACAUUUCUGUUUAUUUGUAGUGUUGGAAUCGUGUUUUUUUGUGAACGGUACUCAAGUGUGUGUGUGCGUAGAAUUUCCUUUUUUUUUUUUUGGAAGUGUGUAAGGUGAAUCUGGAAUUAUGUGGCCACCAAGUUUGCUUCGGUGGACUUUCGUCAUUCUAUUGAUAGUAGCUAUUGUCGUACCCACAUCAAAUUCUACUGCCGUACGAAGAAGAUUACGCAAGCCAACAAAAGUGUCCACCUCGGUGACCACCAGCGUGUCCCGGUCGACUGACCAGGUCAUAUCAGCCAGCGUCAACAGGCCAAAGAUUCGAGGUCGACCGAGCAUAGCCAGUCGGAAAUCCUCAGCAGCCAUAGACAAUUCUGUUGGAACUGACGACCAUAAAGACAAGGAUGGAUAUAAGAUUGUCUGCUACUACACAAACUGGUCUCAAUAUCGAACGAAACUAGGCAAGUUUUUGCCGGAGGACAUCCAGCCCGACCUGUGCACCCACAUUAUUUUCGCCUUCGGGUGGCUGAAGAAGGGGAAACUCAGCUCUUUCGAGUCCAACGACGAGACAAAGGACGGGAAGACGGGCUUGUAUGACAGGAUCAACAGUUUGAAGAAGGCGAACCCUAAACUGAAGACCCUUUUGGCUAUAGGUGGCUGGUCAUUCGGCACCCAGAAGUUCAAGGAGAUGUCUGCCACCAGAUACGCCAGGCAGACGUUCAUCUACUCAGCCAUCCCGUACCUGAGGGACAGGAAUUUCGACGGUCUGGAUGUAGACUGGGAGUACCCUAAGGGCGGAGAUGAUAAGAAGAACUACGUGCUGUUAUUGAAGGAAUUGCGCGAAGCCUUCGAAGCUGAAGCACAAGAGGUGAAGAAACCCCGCCUCCUCCUGACGGCUGCGGUGCCCGUCGGCCCUGACAACAUCAAGAGUGGUUACGACGUCCCUGCUGUUGCGAGCUACCUGGAUUUCAUUAACCUCAUGGCCUACGACUUCCACGGCAAGUGGGAGAGGGAGACAGGCCACAAUGCGCCUCUGUACGCGCCGUCGUCGGACUCCGAGUGGAGGAAGCAGCUGUCGGUCGAUCACGCCUCCCAUCUGUGGGUCAAACUCGGGGCACCUAAGGAGAAGUUGGUUAUUGGUAUGCCUACAUACGGACGUACGUUCACGCUUUCCAACCCUAACAACUUCAAAGUGAACUCCCCGGCCAGCGGGGGAGGGAAGGCGGGGGAGUACACAAAGGAAGGCGGUUUCCUCGCGUAUUAUGAGGUGUGUGAGAUUCUCCGUAAUGGUGGAACCUACGUCUGGGAUGAUGAGAUGAAGGUACCUUAUGCGAUCAAUGGAGACCAGUGGGUAGGCUUUGACGAUGAGAAGUCUAUCAGGAAUAAAAUGAGAUGGAUCAAGGACAAUGGUUUCGGUGGUGCGAUGGUGUGGACAGUAGACAUGGAUGACUUCAGCGGUAGUGUUUGCGGUGGCAAUGUCAAGUAUCCUCUUAUUGGAGCUAUGAGAGAAGAACUCCGUGGCAUAUCCCGUGGCAAGGACGCUAAAGACGUUGACUGGUCUGAAGUGGCCUCCAGUGCCUUAAUAGAAGUGACAGAGAAGCCUGAACCCAUCAAGAUUAGUCUAGCAGACGUGUUGAGUAAAGUGAAGAAGCCUACCAAGAGCGUGAUCGUGAGGAAUAAUGCUGCUGCUGCACUUAUUGAUAAAAAUAAACGUGAACCCCAAGUUCUUUGCUACUUAACAUCCUGGUCUUCGAAGAGGCCAAGCGCUGGUCGCUUCACCCCUGAAAACGUUGACCCUAACCUGUGUACUCAUGUGAUUUAUGCCUUCGCCACUCUAAAAGACCACAAGCUGACUGAAGGAGAUGAAAAAGAUGCUGAGAUGUACGAUAAAGUUGUCGCUUUGAGAGAGAAGAACCCCAAUCUGAAGAUCCUACUCGCCAUCGGUGGAUGGGCCUUCGGUUCCACUCCCUUCAAAGAGCUGACCUCUAACGUGUUCAGGAUGAACCAGUUCGUAUAUGAAGCCAUCGAGUUCCUCAGGGACUACCAGUUCAACGGCCUCGAUGUCGAUUGGGAGUACCCCAGAGGAGCAGACGAUCGUGCAGCCUUCGUGUCUCUCCUGAAAGAACUACGCUUAGCAUUCGAAGGAGAAGCGAAGACAUCUGGCCAGCCUCGUCUGCUGCUGACUGCUGCCGUACCAGCGUCCUUCGAAGCCAUCGCUGCCGGCUACGAUGUCCCUGAGAUCUCUAAAUAUUUGGACUUCAUCAACGUGAUGACCUAUGACUUCCACGGUCAAUGGGAACGCCAAGUGGGUCAUAACAGUCCUCUAUUCCCACUCGAGAGUGCUACUAGCUACCAAAAGAAACUAACAGUUGAUUACUCAGCUCGCGAGUGGGUGCGCCAAGGAGCUCCUAAAGAGAAGCUGAUGAUAGGCAUGCCAACUUACGGAAGGUCGUUCACGCUGAUCAAUGAAACUCAGUUCGACAUCGGUGCCCCCGCUUCUGGUGGUGGCGCAACUGGACGUUACACCAAUGAAGCUGGUUUCAUGUCGUACUACGAGAUCUGCGAGUUCCUCAGAGAAGACAACACGACACUUGUUUGGGACAAUGAACAGAUGGUGCCAUUCGCUUAUAGAGAAGACCAGUGGGUCGGCUUUGAUGACGAGAGAUCGCUGAAGACAAAGAUGGCCUGGCUCAAAGAAGAAGGUUUCGGCGGUAUUAUGGUCUGGUCCAUUGAUAUGGAUGACUUCAGGGGAUCGUGCGGUACUGGCAAGUACCCGCUGAUAACCGCCAUGAAACAGGAACUCUCUGGAUACAAAGUCAGAUUGGAAUAUGAUGGACCUUACGAAUCUUCAAACCCUAAUGGACAGUACACGACUAAAGACCCUAACGAAGUAACAUGCGAGGAAGAAGAUGGACACAUCUCGUACCAUCCAGACAAAGCUGAUUGCACUAUGUACUAUAUGUGCGAAGGUGAGAGGAAACACCAUAUGCCUUGCCCUCAGAACCUUGUGUUUAACCCUAACGAAAAUGUCUGUGAUUGGCCAGAGAACGUUGAAGGUUGCACUCACCAUACACAAGCACCAGCGGCAAAACGAUAGAUCUAGCCUAAGAUUUUAAUCAAAUUAAAGUAGAUAUAUUGUAAUCGUAAUUUGGUAAUCAAAAGUCAAUUUCAUACAAAUUUCGACUUUUAUCCGACUUAAUUUGGAUGAAAUAUUGCAGAUAUUGUAUUAUAUUAGAAAACAAAGGUUAAAUGAACUUAGUAACAUCGAAACAAAAUUAUAUAGAUGAUGUUUUUUCAUCUUCUAAGAUUUAACGAAAGCUAAUUUCAUAUGGCAAAUUACUGAAAGUAUCUAUGAUAGAAAUGAUUUAAUAAUAAGACUCAACAAAAUUUUAAAAAUAAAUAUCUUAAUUUGAACGUGUUUACUAUACUCAGAUGUAACUCUAAAAAUCCACCAAUUCAAUAACAGUACUUUUUUAUAACUUGUAUUUAUUGGCGUUUGUUCGAUUGUCUCGAUGAAGACGAGAUUCGUGUGAUAUAAUGUAAAUUUUUUUAUUCAUUAUUUUUUGAAGAUUUAUAGUAUCUAUUGUUAAAUUAUAAUUAUAUAAUAAAUAACAAGGCGUAAUUAUAAGACUCUGUGCUCUCCCAAAGUUACACAAUAUUUCAAUGCAUUAUAUUCGAAAUUACCUCUAAGUAUAUAAUGAUUCAUAAUAAGGUAAAUGUUUACUUAGCACUAUUUCCAGUCCUACUUUUUCAUACUAUAUGUAUAACGAUAACAACUAAUAUUAUUGAAGUUAAAAAUUAAUAUUUUUGUGUAUAUUUUCUACUAUAUGUAUAACGAUAACAACUUAUAUUAUUGAAGUUAAAAAUUAAUAUUUUUGUGUAUUUUUGGGACAGCCUUAGAUAAUUUUCUUAGUCGUAAGUAGUAGUAAAGCUUUUAUUAUUUUUGAAUACUCAAAUCAGCUAAAUCACUGCCUUAGACAAUUUGCCGAUUUGGUCUUUUUAACUUUUAAUAUGUUGGUAACAGUGACAAACAUGACCGAUGUGACAUUGUUUUAAUUUUGUACCUAAGUUUGUAAAUAUUGUAUUUAGAUACAAAAGAGAUGUAAGAGUAUUAUUAAAGAUUUUUAAAAUAAA